AUGACAUGGCACCUUAAAGGAAGGCAAGCCGUAGCUUCAUUAGACCCAGCCACACGCUAUCGCAUCACGCGUUCUCAGGUGAUGGCUCAAUGUGCUAACAAACCCCUUCUCUGGGUUCUUGAAGAGCUCACCAGGGUUUUUGUUGUUGGCGGCCUAUCUGGGCCGCUUCACAAAGUUGAACAUUUUUUGUGCCUUAUAACGCGUUUAUUACAAAUAUGCCCUUCCCCCGACAUCGUGCUAGUUAUGCUUCGUCAGGAGCUGCAUAAAUAUGUAAAGGUGGCAGCGUUAUUUGUAAUUCGCCUUAUUGGGAACGAUAUUAUAGUUCAAGAAGCAGUCAAGCUUGGCCUUAAUGAUUACCGAAAGAUCCGGGUUUAUGGAAGUGAUGAAACUCCCGCAAUGUCAUUUGUGACCACAGGGACAAAGAGACCACGAGACACGGAUGAUGAUGGUGGUGAUUUCCCUGUGGAAAAGCAAAAAGAUGAAUCUGAUGCGAUUGAGAACCUAGAACCCCCACAUUAUUUUGUUCUGAGAAUGGAUGAACUCACCGAAAGACUAUUCCAGUUGAAUCAGCCUCGAGAUGUACUAAGAAGUAAAAGUAUUUUUUUAGGUGUCCCGCUUCCUGGCUUUGUUGAUUUGCCUCAUAUUUUAUAAACAGGAUUUGUUUACCGUUUCUGUUCGUGGCA